UGACACCCAAUGUGUCAAACGUGAAGCUUUAGCAUCAGACGCAAAUGUUUUAGCUUCAAUUGAACGGCGUGUCCUCCUCGUCCUCCCCCCCGCAGCUCUCAGCGUGCGGGACCGAACCCUCCGCGGGACCGAACCCCUCAGUCCGGACCCCCGCGGGCACGAGGACGAGCACGCGCGCUGACCUCGCUGCUGCGGCGAGCGCGCACUUCCUCCCGACGCAGGAAUGAAGAGAGCUGCGCUGUUCGUGGUCGCUGCCUACGCAUCAGCGCCCGUCCUCCUCUACCUCUUCCCGUGGAUACUGGGCCAUAUCAUCUAUUCGCACUUGUUGAGGUUUCCAUUCUUUGUGGACCUUGGCCGACCCGAAGCCGUGCUCAACCACACAUGCAACUUCUACCUGGACACGGAGGCGGGCGUCUCAGUGGGUGUCUGGCAUACACUCCCUGCCAGCCAAUGGGACGAGGCCAUGGGGAGAGGCCCUGAGUGGUACCAGGAAACUCUGGGAGACGGCCGCCCUGUUAUUAUCUAUCUCCAUGGCAACCUGGGGACCAGGGCCAUACAUCACAGAGUGGAACUGGUGAAGAUUUUAAGUGCUGCAGGGUAUCAUGUCCUAUCUUUAGACUACAGAGGUUUUGGAGACUCCACUGGGGAGCCCAGUGAAGCUGGCUUGACCAGUGACGCCCUCUUCCUGUUCAACUGGGUGAAGAAACACGGCCGAGGGGGGCCUGUCUGCCUGUGGGGACACUCACUUGGCACCGGGGUGGCAACCAAUACUGCAGUGAAAAUCCAAGAAGAAGGGUCUGCUGUUGAUGCUUUAAUCCUUGAAGCUCCGUUCACAACGAUGGGAGACGUUGUAGUCAACUACCCGCUCACUAAGAUUUACAUGUUCCUUCCAGGAUUUGAGAGCUUGCUCAGGAGCAUCGUGGAAAUGAACAACAUUGUGUUUGCAAGCGAUGAAAAUGUAAAGACCCUGACCGGCCCGCUACUCAUCCUGCACUCAGAGGACGAUGAUAUUGUACCUUAUCACAUGGGUCAGAAGCUGCACGAGCUCUCGCUCCAGGCAAAGAAAGAAUACAACACAGAUGUUCAGGUUGAAAUGAUCUCCUACAAUGCAAAUCUUGGAUUCUCCCACAACAACAUCUACUUGGAUCCAAAUCUGUCAAAUGUGGUCAGGAAAUUCCUUCAAAACCUGAGACAGUAGAUCAUCUCUCCCGCCCCCGAAGAAGUAAAUAAUAGAUUUCAGAUGUCACAAAAUGCCUGCGUGUGAUCUAAAUCAAAAAGCACUGAUUCACAUAUCCUAUGUCACAAUAUGCUUUAAUUAAAACACUGGAACGGAAUACUGCAGAUCACAAAUUAGGUUUGUUUGUCCCCUUCAUUACUCAAGUUGUGCAGAUAGACUCACGUACACGGCGUCAGUCUGCCUGCAGCACAGACCGUCCCUCUGCAGCAUGAAAUGUCAUUAUUAAUCGGUUUAGUCAGCUGCUGUGUUACUGGCAGCCCACAAUUCAUGAGAUGUCAAAUAUAAAGGAAUGAUUAAACCUCCA